AAUGGUUACUCUCUCCCGCUUACAUGCAUGUGUACUUCCAUCCAGUUACAAUAAAAUAACUGCUAUAUUUUCCAAACUUUUUUUGUGAAUAACUUUUUAAUAAAAAACGAGCGACGGCUAAAACCUUUUGAAGGUUACUCAGGAGGGUGAUCUUGACAACGUAUGUCAAGGUCAAGGUCAUUGGCGGGGGCUGUGUAAAAUGCACUGUAACGCUCAAAUUUGGAUGCUAGGCCCCUAGCGUCUGUUGACGCUGAAAAAUCCAGCGUCAAGCGAGGAUCGAGCACACACUUCUGCACAACGCAUAAUGUGUAAGCAUAAGAAAACUGAUUGGUCCAUCCAGGUUCGAACUUUGGAUUUAACAAACAGGCGUUCGGUUUCUACCGGGUUAUAUUUUUGCUGGGCGUAAAUAUAAACGAACGGACGCAUUUAUACUGAUAAAACGAAAUGCUGGAAGACGAAUCGCAGGAACAUGAACGCGAAUAUCGCGACGAAGAAAAGUGGGAAGCGGGAAGAGACGAUGACGGAGUACAGGAGAGAACCUAUGACUCAAAUAAAUAUGUAUCCAGACCGAGACGCGUGCCAAAUGGAACUGUGCCCAUGAACAUUUUACAGUUUCAUCAUUCGUUUUCGUACGAUUGUCAGAGGUAUUUUAAUCUUUGCGUGGUAGAACCGAAUGUCGUCGUCUUUGCUUCUGGUAAUAUUCUACAUUUCUUGAAUACCGCAACAAAUGAGCUGUGGUUUAGAAGAGGAUGCACGGGCGGUGGAAUUGGACACGUGACGAAAAAUCCAACGUUUGACCAUAUUGCUGUUGGCGAAAAUGGUAUUAAACCUCCAAUAAUAAUUUAUAAAUGGCCUUCAAUGGAUAUUGUGACAAUUUUACACAAUGGCACAAUAAAGACCUACUGCCAUUUAGCAUACAGUGUGGAUGGUUUGUUGCUGGUGUCGCAAGGAGGAGAUCCAGAUUACACCCUUACCCUUUGGAAUUGGCAAAAGUCUGAAGUAGCGUUAAAAUGUAAAUCUUACAAUCGGGAUGUUUACAAUGUAACGAUAUCUCCAUCGUUACCUGGAUAUUUAGUGACAAGCGGCUCGGGACAUAUAAAAUUUUGGAAAAUCUCUGAGACGUUCACCGGGCUUAAAUUAAAAGGCGAAAUUGGUAGAUUUGGUCAGACAGAGCUCUCUGACAUUGUGGGCGUGUAUAUCAUGCCAGACGGAAAG